UUACUCAAAUUUGCUGAAGAACCGGAAGAGGUGGGAUCAUCUGAGCAAAACAAACACGAAUAUUUGCGGCAGGUAGACUUAAUAGCAGAUUUUGAAAUAACUCUCAAGAUUUAUUUGUUGUUAAGAGAAGCUGGCUAAGACAGUUUUACCAGUGUGUGACGGACCUUUUUCCUUUGGGUUUCUUUGCUCAGUAGGUUAUCUCUGCUGUAAUGUAACACGCUUGUUUUCACAAUGGACACUGACCUCAGUGCACAGGACAGGAAAGACUUAGACAAAUUCAUCAAGUUCUUUGCCCUUAAGACUGUCCAGGUGAUUGUCCAGGGUCGGCUUGGAGAGAAGAUAAGUACUUUGUCUUCCUCUUCUCCAACUGGAUCUGAUUGGUUCAACUUGGCAAUCAAAGACAUCCCUGAGGUAACUCAUGAAGCAAAGAAAGCUUUGUCUGGACAGCUUCCUGGGAUUGGAAGGUCCAUGUGUGUGGAGAUUUCCCUUAAGACCUCAGAGGGAGAUUCAAUGGAGCUGGAAACGUGGUGCCUUGAAAUGAAUGAGAAGUGUGAUAAAGAUAUAAAAGUUUCGUAUACUGUGUACAACAGACUGUCUCUUCUGUUAAAAUCUCUUCUGGCAGUCACUAGAGUGACACCUGCAUAUAAACUGUCAAGGAAUCAGGGACACGACUUUGUCAUACUCUACAGAAUAUAUUUUGGAGAAGUUCAACUGAGUGGACUUGGUGAAGGUUUUCAGACUGUUCGUGUUGGGAUGGUUGGAACCCCUAUUGGCACCAUCACUUUAUCUUGUGCUUACAGGACCAACUUGGCGUUAAUGUCCACCAGGCAGUUUGAAAGGACCCAGCCCAUCAUGGGUAUUAUUAUCGAUCACUUUGUUGACCGCCCCUACUCCAACUCUUCUCCCAUGCAGCCCUGCAAUUACAGGGUACCAGGAGAUGAGGAAGGGGUGAUAUACCCACCUGUUGAAGACUCUCAGGAAAUAUGUACCACUUCUUUCUGUACAUCCACAGCACCACCACCUUCACAGUAUGUUUUCACUGUAAGUAAGCCACAUUUUCAGACAACAAAACCUGUGGUAAUGGAUACCUUGAAGGUCCCAGUGGUGGGCUUGACCUUCUCACACCAAGUUGUCCUGCCCAGUCGAGAAGGUGGAGUGGCCCCAGCACCAGUACAGCCAACUUAUGGUGCCCAGGCUGAGUAUGAUAGGAUGACUGGCUAUAUCCCACAGGAAGUGACUCCUUGCAGUACAGCCACACCCUCUGGCAGUGAAGAUACUGAGCCUUUAUCAGACAGUGGAGAAGGGAAGAAUGGAACACCUCAGGACAUUCUGGAUGCUAACUUCAUUCGAAAAGUAGGGGCAUUUGUGAACAAGCCUUCCAGUCAGGUGAAUUUUGUUGGAUUGGAUUUACCAUUUGCUGACUUUGCUCCUAGAAGUUUUGAGCCAGACGAGAAUGACAUUAUGGUAAACCCUCCCGAUUCUCCAGUCAUCGACUCACCUCUUCAGGGUAGCCUGCAUUCGCAGGCCUCAACUGGCAGCAGUGGAAACGUACAGGAUGAUUUUGUCAUGGUAGAAUUUAAACCUGCUUUUUCCAAGGAUGAUAUUCUUCCAAUGGAUUUGGGGAUGUUUUACCGUGAGUUUCAGAACCCUCCCCAGCUCAGCAGUUUGUCAUUAGAUGUUAGUGCACAAUCAAUGGCUGAGAAUUUGGACUCCUUACCAGAAAAGCUGGAAAGAUAUGAGAAGAGCAUAAAGGAGUUUGAUGAGUUUGUGGAAAUGUUGCAGUAAAAGAAGUAGACUGCAACAAGAUUAUUUAUUGUCCAUGCUGACAUGGUGAAAACGACAGGGAAGAGGUGUUUGAUGAUAGACUAGAAGAAAUGGACUUUUUACCACUGCACAAAAUACUGACAUUUUUUCCAGUCUAGCAAUACAGCACUGAGUUAUUUAUUUCUGUUGUCAAUAUUUUACAGCAGAUGUAUGAAUGAUAAUGGAUUAUCUCUGCCAUCUGUUACUUGGGUCUGAUUGUCUAUAGAAUAUAAAUAUGUAUAUUAAAUCAAGAUGAUAAUCA